UUCCUCGCGUCAGUAGGCAAGAGUCCGGUGUUGGGUGCGGAGCCUGCGGCCGUUCCCGCGGCCUCCUCCUCCUCCCCGUUCCCCUCACCCCCAUCCCAUACCCCUUUCCCCAUCCCGGCUCCGUCACCCUCCCGCCCCCCACACUCAGGACAAGAAUGCCCUGCCCGGAACAACCUAGCAGCGCCUAGAUGGCUUUGGUCACGGUCCAGCGGUCGCCUACCCCCAGCACCACCUCCAGCCCCUGCGCCUCGAGCUCUCAUUUGGAAGACAGUGAAUCAGCAGUGUUACUUUGCUGUGAAUGUGAAGAAUCAGAUAUCUUUAGUGGUUCCAAUGAGGCAGACAGUGGGGAGGAGGAAUGCCGGUCACAGCCCCGGAGCAUCAGCGAGAGCUUUCUAACUGUCAAAGGUGCUGCCCUUUUUCUACCACGGGGAAAUGGCUCAUCCACACCAAGAAUUAGCCACAGACGCAACAAGCAUGCAGGUGAUCUCCAACAGCAUCUCCAAGCAAUGUUCAUAUUACUCCGCCCAGAAGAUAACAUCAGGCUGGCUGUAAGACUAGAAAGUACUUACCAGAACAGAACACGCUAUAUGGUAGUGGUUUCAACCAAUGGUAGACAAGACACUGAAGAAAGCAUCGUCCUGGGAAUGGAUUUCUCCUCUAAUGACAGCACUUGUACCAUGGGCUUAGUCCUGCCCCUCUGGAGUGACACCCUAAUUCAUUUGGAUGGUGAUGGUGGGUUCAGUGUAUCAACGGAUAACAGAGUGCACAUAUUCAAACCUGUAUCUGUACAGGCAAUGUGGUCUGCACUACAGAGUUUACACAAGGCUUGUGAAGUGGCCAGAAUGCAUAACUACUACCCAGGCAGCCUGUUUCUCACCUGGGUGAGUUAUUACGAGAGCCACAUCAACUCAGAUCAGUCAUCAGUCAAUGAAUGGAAUGCUAUGCAGGAUGUGCAGUCCCACCGGCCUGACUCUCCAGCUCUCUUCACAGACAUACCAACUGAACGUGAGCGAACAGAGAGAUUAAUUAAAACCAAAUUAAGGGAGAUAAUGAUGCAGAAGGAUUUGGAGAAUAUCACAUCCAAAGAGAUACGAACUGAGUUGGAAAUGCAAAUGGUGUGCAACUUACGAGAAUUCAAGGAAUUUAUAGAUAAUGAAAUGAUAGUGAUCCUUGGUCAAAUGGAUAGCCCUACCCAGAUAUUUGAGCACGUUUUCUUGGGCUCAGAAUGGAAUGCCUCUAAUCUAGAGGAUUUACAGAACCGAGGGGUGCGGUAUAUCUUGAAUGUCACUCGAGAGAUAGAUAACUUCUUCCCAGGAGUCUUUGAGUAUCAUAACAUCCGAGUAUAUGAUGAAGAAGCAACAGAUCUCCUGGCUUACUGGAAUGACACUUACAAAUUCAUCUCUAAAGCAAAGAAACAUGGAUCUAAAUGCCUUGUGCACUGCAAAAUGGGGGUGAGUCGCUCAGCCUCCACUGUGAUUGCCUAUGCAAUGAAGGAAUAUGGCUGGAAUCUGGACCGGGCCUAUGACUACGUGAAGGAAAGGCGGACAGUGACCAAGCCCAACCCCAGCUUCAUGAGACAACUGGAAGAGUACCAGGGGAUCUUGCUGGCAAGCAAACAGCGGCAUAACAAGCUCUGGAGAUCUCAUUCAGAUAGCGACCUCUCAGACCACCAUGAACCCAUCUGCAAACCAGGGCUAGAACUCAACAAGAAGGAGAUCACCACCUCAGCAGACCAGAUUGCCGAGGUGAAGACCAUGGAGAAUCACCCACCCAUACCUCCCGUCUUUGUGGAACACGUCGUCCCACAAGAUGAAAAUCAGAAGGGCCUAUGUACCAAAGAAAGAAUGAUCUGCUUGGAGUUUACGUCUAGGGAAUUUCAUGCUGGACAGAUUGAAGAUGAAUUAAACCUAAACGACAUCAAUGGAUGCUCAUCAGGGUGUUGUCUCAAUGAAUCAAAAUUCCCUCUUGACAACUGCCAUGCAUCCAAAGCCUUAAUCCAACCUGGACAGGCCCCAGAAAUUGCCAACAAGUUCCCAGACUUAACAGUAGAAGAUCUGGAGACAGAUGCCCUGAAAGCAGAUGUGAACGUGCACUUACUGCCUCUGGAAGAAUUAACAUCUCGCCUGAAGGACCUUCCCAUGUCCCCUGAUCCUGAAUCACCGAGCCCCCAACCCAGUUGCCAGGCUGAAGUCUCAGAUUUCAGCACGGAUCGCAUUGAUUUUUUUAGCGCCCUGGAAAAGUUUGUAGAGCUUUCCCAAGAAACCCGGUCCCGAUCUUUUUCCCACUCAAGGAUGGAAGAACUGGGUGGAGGAAGAAGUGAGAGCUGUCGGCUAUCAGUGAUGGAAGUAGCCCCUUCCGAAGGGACAGCUGAUGACCAGAGAAGCAGCUCUUUGAGUAAUACUCCCCAUGCAUCUGAAGAAUCUUCAAUAGAUGAGGAACAGUCAAAGGCAAUCUCAGAACUGGUCAGCCCAGACAUCUUCAUGCAAUCUCACUCAGAAAAUGCAAUUUCAGUCAAAGAAAUCGUUACUGAGAUUGAAUCCAUCAGUCAAGGAGUCGGACAGAUUCAACUGAAAGGAGACAUCCUGUCUAACCCAUGCCAUACACCAAAGAAGCAUACCAUCCAUGAGCUGCCACUUGAGAGAGCCCAGGCCCUGGAGAACAAACCUGGAAAUCUGGAGCAUAGUGAGGCUUCCUACACAGCCCAGCCUGAACUAGCCAAAGACUCAGGGAAGUGGGACCUAGAAGGCUGCCUAACCACACACUCAUCCACUGCAGAGCUGGAAGACGAGGAACCAGCUGAGGAGGAACAAGAACUUUGGGGCCCUGGAAUGCACCCAGGUGCCAAGUGGUACCCUGGGUCCGUGAGGCGAGCCACCUUGGAGUUUGAAGAGCGCUUGCGACAGGAGCAAGAGCACCAUGGUGCCGCGCCUGGUUGUGCCUCAUUGUCCAUUCGCAAGAAUUCCAAGAAUGAUUUCUCUGUGGCAGACCUAGCACCAAAAGGGAAGAAUGAUGAAGCUAGCCUUGAACUUUGUUUUGUCCCCAAGGAACCAGAGAUUAACAAGGGCAAAGGGAAGUGCAGUGGGUCGGAAGCUGGCUCACUACCCCAGUCUGAGCAAGUAGCCAUUGGUCCAGCACCUGAGCUGCUGCAGUUUCAAGAGCGCCCAGGGUCAGACACUAGAACAAAGCAGGAAGGAGUCCUGAAGGAGCAGAGGACUGUGGUUUCAUGCCAGGGAUCUGAGACACAGGCAGCCCCUCUCUCCCUUCCCAAGAAGGUGGAAAUCAUUGAGUAUCCCCACGUGGUUCCAUCCCCCAGUCAUCCUGGGCCAGGGGGUGAAAGAGCCACCAGCAUAAAGAGUGGGGAGCAGGGACUGAGGAAAGCGAAAGUAGAGGACUCGGUCCCCAUCCUCUGUGCACUGGAUGAAAAUCUGAACAGGACUCUGGGCCCCACCCAGGCUCCUCUGCACCCCAACGUGCUACCUCUGCCUCAUUCUUCCCCUCCUGAGCACGACAGUCCCACUGACCUGACCUCCACCCUGAGCAGCCCUGAAGCCUGGGACGACAGCCUGUCGACAGCCCCGGAAACAGGAGCACCUUUUGUCAGUCGCACAACCCAUGUACCAUCUGCCAACUUGGAUCACGCACAUCCCCAGACUGUAGUUCAUCUGGAAGGCUUCACAGAGCAAAGCAGCACCACAGACAACGAGCCCUCUUCAGAGCAGGGUAGCUGGGAAGAAAGUCAGGAGGGCCCCUUUUCCAGUGGCAACGAAGUGCCAUACGAGGACUCCCAGUUAACUAGAGAAGACCUAAGCCAACUCGGUGACAAUAUUGAGGAGUUACAAGAAAAACCGGACCCACUUCCUGUAGCCUGUCAACUCCCACACAGCUCUAGUGGUGACAGCAUAAAGGGUCUCAGCCAUAGCCCCGGUGUGGUGAAAGAGCGCACUAAAGAAAUCGAGUCCCGAGCGAUUUGCCAGGGAGGGCUUACCAAACCAUCCCAAAUGAGGCAUUCAGCUUCCCUCGCCAAGUUAGGUUACUUGGACCUCUGUAAAGACUGUUUAUCGGAGAGAGAGCCUCUCUCCUCUGAUCCCCCUCAUCUCAAGCUGCUUCAGCCCUUCAACAGAACGGACACAGGCAUGCACGCCAUGGAGGCCCAGGAGCCCUCAGAAAACCCAGAUGCCCCCCAGAACCUAGAGCCCACCAAGUAUUUUAUAGAACAGCUCAAAACAACAGAGUGUAUCGCGCAGAGCAAGCCAGUGGAGAAGCCCAUCGUACAGUAUGCCAAAGAAUUUGGUUACAGUCAGCAGUGUUUGCUCCCCAGGGCAGGACCCGAAUUGACUAGUUCUGAAGGAGGCCUUCCUUUGCCACAACCCCAGGGACUGCAGUGUGCAGGCCCAGCUCCAGGGCUGGCUGUGGCGCCCCGUCAGCAGCACGGCCGAACUCACCCCCUUAGGAGACUUAAAAAAGCAAAUGAUAAAAAACGGACAACCAACCCCUUCUAUAAUACCAUGUGAUUCUGAGCCUACACAUGUGACUUUCUGAAAGAAAUGUCUGUAAAAGGGGCAGGUGUAAUAUGUAAGGAACAUGCACUUUAUGGGUUAAUUUUAUAAUAUUUUGGUCAUUUUACUGUUCCUGGCGCAUGCAGGGUUUGGGUUGGUUUUUUUCCCCCCUCUGUGUAUGUGUGCGUGAAAGAG